AGCUCCUCACCUCUUCUAAUAUCACAGAGAGAUGCUCCCCAGAGGCUUUGUUCUGGUCUUUUUCUUCUGGGCUCUGCUCAGCAUCAUCACCCCAACUCUCAUCUUUUGGUCAGCAUCGGCAAGGCCCAAUCUGGCUUCUCAAGGAGAGUCCAGGAAUGAGAUGAGAACCAGGAGAAUGAUGGAUUCUAUAGAGAACGGCCACAUAAAGAAUAAAACAACAACAAUUACACAAGCACCAGCACCGGCACCGGCGCCGGAGCCAGCAUCGAUGCCAGCAAAUGGAACACUGAGAUAAAACACAGUGGCCUCUACACCAAAUGAUGGUUUGGCUUCAUAGUUGGUGCCGUCUCCCUCGACAAAUAUGGAGUAUUUUAUACCCAGUAAGAAAUUACUGCGAACGGGGACUCCGCACCACGGAAAGGCAAAGAAAGCUACUGUAAGGAGAAAACCCCAGAAUCCUCCUG